AAUGUGAUUGACUUUCUUUCUUCCCAAGUUCUUAUUCCCCGAUGCUGCUUCUGAGAAACCAUUAGAUGGAACUACUUCAACAGACAAUAAUAAUCCUCCAUCAGAGAGCGAAGACUAUAAUCUCUACAAUCAAUUCAAAUCUGCACCAUCUGACAGUUUAACAUACAAAUUGGCUUUGUGCCUUUGUAUGAUCAAUUUCUACCAUGGAGGGUUGAAAGGAGUGGCACACCUUUGGCAGGAAUUUGUUCUUGAAAUGCGUUUCAGAUGGGAAAACAACUUCCUGAUUCCAGGAUUAGCAAGUGGACCCCCAGAUCUUAGGUGUUGUUUACUGCAUCAGAAACUACAGAUGCUGAAUUGUUGUAUUGAAAGAAAGAAGGCACGUGAUGAAGGGAAAAGGACAAGUACUUCAGAUAAUGUCACUAAUACAUAUCUGGGGGAUGCUGGAAAAGGUGGAGACCAGUUGGGGCCAGAUAAUCUAAAAGAUACAGAUAAGGAAAAGGGAGAGGUGGGAAAAUCUUGGGAUUCCUGGAGUGACAGUGAAGAAGAAUUUUUUGAAUGCCUAAGUGAUACUGAAGAAUUUAAAGGAAAUGGACAAGAGAGUGGCAAGAAAGGAGGACCUAAGGAGAUGGCAAAUUUAAAGCCGGAAGGACGGCUCUACCAGCAUGGGAAACUUACACUGCUGCAUAAUGGAGAACCGCUCUACAUUCCAGUGACCCAGGAACCAGCACCUAUGACAGAAGAUCUGCUAGAAGAGCAGUCUGAGGUUUUAGCUAAAUUAGGUACAUCUGCAGAAGGGGCUCACCUCCGAGCACGCAUGCAGAGUGCCUGUCUGCUCUCAGAUAUGGAGUCUUUUAAGGCAGCUAAUCCAGGUUGUUUUCUAGAAGAUUUUGUGAGAUGGUAUUCACCUCGGGAUUAUGUUGAAGAGGAGGUGAUUGAUGGGAAGGGCAACGUAGUGCUGAAGGGAGAGUUGAGCGCUCGAAUGAAGAUUCCAAGCAAUAUGUGGGUAGAAGCCUGGGAAACAGCGAAGCCAAUUCCUGCUAGAAGGCAAAGGAGACUCUUUGAUGAUACGCGGGAAGCAGAAAAGGUGCUGCACUAUCUGGCAGUCCAGAAACCUGCAGAUCUUGCUCGGCACCUGUUACCUUGUGUGAUUCAUGCCGCUGUACUCAAGGUAAAAGAAGAAGAAAGUCUGGAAAACAUUUCUUCAGUUAAGAAGAUUAUAAAGCAGAUAAUAUCCCAUUCCAGUAAAGUUUUGCACUUCCCCAAUCCAGAAGACAAGAAAUUGGAAGAAAUCAUCCAUCAGAUUACCAGUGUGGAAGCUAUAAUUGCAAGAGCCCGGUCACUGAAAGCCAAGUUUGGAACCGAGAAAUGUGAACAGGAGGAGGAAAAGGAAGAUCUUGAAAGGUUCGUGAGUUGCCUGCUGGAGCAGCCUGAGGUGUUAGUCGCUGGUGCCGGAAGAGGACAUGCUGGCAGGAUCAUUCACAAGUUGUUUGUGAGUGCUCAGAGGCUGACUGAAUCUUCUGAUGAGGCUGCAGCCAUGGCUCCACCAGAAGAGGAACUGAAGCGAUUGAGCUCCCCAGAGGAAAGAAGGCAGAACUCCGCGUCCGACUUCCCACCACCCGCCGGCCGGGAAUUCAUCUUGCGCACUACUGUGCCACGCCCUGCGCCCUACUCCAAAGCUCUGCCACAGCGGAUGUACAGCGUUCUCACCAAAGAGGAUUUUAGACUUGCGGGUGCCUUUUCGUCAGACACCUCCUUCUUCUAGCCCCUCUUGCGUUACCUCGCUGGUGGCUCGGACAGUGCUGCCGCCUCCUGCAGGCGGAGGCUGUGCCGGCGCGGAUCGAGGUCGUGGCGGGCCCUCCGCUUCGGGCGCUCAGGGGUCAGACCAGCGUCGGGAAGACCUUCCAGCCCCAGGCGUGGGCUCUUGUUUCUCGGCGGGGGCAGGGAGAAUGGAUUUGAGCUAUUGAGAGACUUCUGCUCUGAAGAGAAGACCUUUGUCUGUGGGGGACGAAACCAAACAAUAUCAGAAGCUCUGCUGUUCACUCUGGGGGGAUGGUGUCCCUUCUCUUUUGCGACUGUCCUCUGGGAUCUCGCCUGCGUUCCUUAUAUAACUUAGUGGUUAUAUUUAUUAGUAUCAAGUAUGCAAAAUAGAGUAUCUGUGAACUCAGAUUUCUGGAUAUUUUGGUGGUAGCUUUUAGUCCCAGAAUCUGUGUUUUUAAAAUGCUACAUGACAUUCUGUUUAUUCAGUCACCUGUUGAUCGUCUUUAUUAUACCAAUUAACUUUUGAUGAACAUUUUUAACAUUCUAGGAGAAAGCCUAGAAUGUCACAUAGUUUCUCUUUUUCCAUGUAACUGUAACACAAAUGUAUUCCUUCUGAUGAGACUUUAAAUAUCACUGCAAAUUAGUUUUAUGUAUAUCUUGUAAGAUUCAUUUUCUCUUAUUUGUUUUCCUUCUGGUUGCCAUGUAAGUUGUCAGCCUGCAGAUUGUCACUUUCCCCUUCCUUGCUGUACAGCACACAUUCUUUUUUUGUGGUUGCUGGAUGGAUACUGGGUUUAAUGAAGUAGAGAUGAGCACAUGCUAAAAAUACAGUCUUGGUACCUAGAGAUUAUCAUGCAGUAGUAUAAUUUGGUAUAUGUGCUAAUGCAAUGAGUAGGGGAUUAUUUUAAUGCACUAUUUUGCUUUUGCAUUUUAGUUAAAAUGAACAUUGUCUAUGGGGCUGUGUAGCACCCAGUGUGAGGAUAACAGCACCACAUUCCUAGUUGUGUGAAGAUCAAGAUGCAUUAAGUCUGUGUUGCUGUGUGGCCUUUGGUCAUCUUAAAUUGUUUUUAGGCCUAGAAUUCCCACUUCAGUCCAAAGUAAAAAAUGGUUAUGCUGAAGCAUAAGCUUUGCCUGUUUAACUUGAAGGGCUGAUAGAGCUGUGCAAGCCCUGUGUUAUAUUAUUUUUGUAAAAAUUAAAAAAUAUGUGUGGAUAGUG